AGGGCAACAAAAGUAAUAAUGACUGCUCAUGCUUGUGGAUGUAAAGGUAUUCGCUACUGCAAACUUUGUGAACACUCUGAUCGUGUAGCUGCAAUUAAAGCAGAAUGUCUCCCUGAACCUGUAGAGGAAUUUCAACUUUUUUGUGUGCACUGCAACACAUCAAUUUCCUGUCCACAUAGUUUAAAUAACACUAGUAAUGUCGACCUCAAGGGUGUGAGGGUUUAUCUCGAUUUUAUGUCUGAGGCAGAGGAACUGAAACUGGUUGAAGACAUCGACCAAGGAGAGUGGCUAGCUUCACAGUCUGGCAGAUUUAAACAAGACUACGGACCUCGUGCUAAUUACAAGAGGAAGAAACUCAAGCUUGACAAGUUUGAGGGACUCCCAAAGUAUUCUCAUUACCUCCGGGAUAGGCUAGCAGACAUCUGUGAACUCGCAGAUUUCAUUCCAGUUGAGCAGUGUAAUUUAGAUUAUAAGCCAGAACUUGGCUCCUCUAUCGACUUUCAUUUUGACGACUUCUGGCUUUGGGGCGAACGUUUAAUUAUCAUAAACUUAUUAUCAUACUCUUACAUGUACUUUAAAGAUGAGGAUAACUGUAUCAAAGUGCCCUUGCCUCGGAGAUCUCUAAUAACAAUGAGUGGAGAUGGUAGAUUUGUGUGGAAACACGCCAUAGCCAGGGAGGACAUUCAAUCUAGAAGAAUAUCAGUGACUUUUAGGGAACUUUCUGAGCAAUUCAUGAUUGGUGAGAGGGCACACGAGGGACAGAAAAUUAUUGAGUUAGCUUCUGUUUUAGUUUAAUGGUGAGUGUUGGAUUACAUUUUCAUUUGUAAAUGAAGAUUAUGUGCAUUUAUUUAUUAUAUAAUAUAGGUAGCAUGAUUGGUUCUCGGGGUAAUUUAUUUUUAUGGGUGAUGAAAAGGGUGCAGUGUGAAUACCAGACCUUAAAAACAGCUGAUAGAAGACAGUCUGCUGUCAUCAAGAUAAAAAUGUAUUAUAUCCUGUACAAUGUACAUUACACUCCCCUGCUAUUUAUAUUUAACAUGAUGUUGUGCAAUACAUUUAAAGUUUGAGAUUCCCUACUUAGUAGAGCUUUUCUUGCUUUGGGAUCGUUCACAUAAUACGGAAGAGGCUAGGAAGAGGGGGUUUAGAAAUGCUUAUGCUUGUUUUAUUAGAAAUAGCUAACAAAGGGGGGA